AUGGAAGCUCACAGGAACUCCCCCGGCGAGCGCACUGACCUGCACAGAACCGCUUCUAUGCCUCGCCGGACCCAAGGACAGGACCCUUGGAGUCUCUUUCGCCCUAUCAGCGGGCCAACCUUGCAGGCGUUUUCCCAUGUUUCGCCCUAUCAGCGGGUCUGGACUCCCGGCUGGACUCCCGCUCCGAAUGUUCUGGCAGCCACCGCAGCUCUGAACGAAGCUCGCACAGCUCAUCGUCCUCUCGACCGAUGUAUGCCUCGUCCGGAAGGCCACAGCUGUGGCAGUGCUGCAAAUGCUCUGGUGGAUGGUACAACUACGACAUCAACGCCUCUUGCCCGAUGUGCCACGCCUGGCGCUGCGACAACUGCCGCUACUCCAUGGCAUAGAUGUCUCUCUGAUCUGGCUUCUGAACUUCCAAUGCCUCAGCUACGGAUGAUCAACAACUUACAGACCGCCGACAAUUGCGCGACGAUUUGUACCUUCUUUCGCAACUUGAACUUUUUGGAAGGGCGCGACUUCUUUUUUUAUUAG